AUGGCCCCAUCAUUAUGUACCGACGACAUGACUGGAACCGGCAAAAGUGGACCAGCCAAGUUCAAUUCUAAGCAGCAUCUUGCCUACUCACCACCAUCAGAUAUACUCCAAAUGAAGGAUCUUGGUCAAAGCCCCACUGAACUUUCCCCGGUGGCCUCUACUGAGCCUUUCCCCUUGCUAUCCCAUGACGCCAUUAUCCAGCAUCGCCAUCCGGGAAUGGCUCCUCGUUAUGCGUCCUUCAUCCAUGAGUUUUGGCACUCACCCGAGGUUUUGAAGAUUAUCAGUGACAAUGCCGGGGUUGACCUUAUUCCUGCGAUGGAUUAUGAGAUCAGCCACACCAAUGUCCAGCUAGGACCUGGUGGUCUCGAUGCUGUGCGCAAGACUCCUCUGGAGCCACCCGCGGCAACCGAAGAGGCUAUUUCCGAAUUCGAAAAGGACAAGCCCCAGACUCGAGCUGUCACUGACCAGACCAGGCCGAUUAUUGAGUGGCACCGUGACUCCCACCCUUUUGUAUGUGUUGUGAUGCUGUCAGACGCCCGGCACAUGAUUGGAGGAGAAACCGAGCUGAAGAAAGCCGACGGAUCGACUCUGAAAGUCAAAGCCCCUCAAAUGGGUUGUGCUGUCAUCCUGCAGGGUCGUUAUAUCACACAUACUGCCGCUCCAGCCGCGAAUAUGCCGGAACGCGUCACAAUCGUGACAUCCUUCCGGCCAAGGAACCCGACUCUCUUGGACGAGACUACCAAUUCCAAUGUUAGGAAUAAAUCCCACUUGACAGAGCUUUACUUCCAGUGGACGACAUAUCGACUGGAUGUACUGGCUCAAAGAGCACAGAUUGCGGCGAAGGAAUUGCGAGAGAUGUAUGAGAAGAAUGUGAAUGCGUCCGAUCCAGAAGGGAAAAAAGGGCUAUGUCGAGUUGAGACCGUGAACGUGAAGGCUGUUGAGGCUUGGGUGGAAGUUCAGAUGAUGUACAUGAAGGAGACACUGCAUGAAAUGCGACCAUUGGGUCAAUAG